AUGGCAUCACCGGCGCCAAAGUAUAUCUGGAUAUUCGUUUCGUUUUCGGUCUCAUUGAGUGUCUACGGGUUCUUCUAUUUUCAAAGUCAUUAUACAAUUUAUGUAGAUGGAAAAGUUGUAAAUUUCACGGGAGUGGAAGACUUUAUUCAACCGUUCAUAAGUUAUUAUCCUGAAAUUUUCGUUGCUGCAGAUAACAAAUUAAUUUCUUGUGGAAUACCAAAGUCAAUGUCUCAAUUGACAAUCAAUAUAAUGUGUUUAUUGUAUGAUGAAGACAGUUUUUCAGCUGAAAGUAACAGUUUCAACGACACUUGGGUAACUAAACGAGAAUGUUUACAAGAAAACGAGUUCCGAAACCCAACAUCUCAACUAUUGAAUGACAACGAGACUGUACGGUUUGCUUUCAUUCGAGACCCAAUCCAAAGAUUCGUCUCAUUGUAUUUGGAUAAGUGUAUUCAUACGAAAUUUUGCUUUGAUUGUGACACCAACAUGAGAUGUUUUGUACAAAGAAUCUAUGAUACAUUGAAAAAUAUUCAGAACUAUCGACAUGGAUUCCAGAAAUCUGAUAUCAUGGCACAACAUGCUGCUCCUCUUUCAUGGAUGUGCAAUUUCGAUCGAGAGCUAGAAAAGUGGCAUUUGCUGAUGAUGGGCUCAGAUUUUGUGGAAAGGAAAUCUUCGAUUUUACAUUUAGCCAAUAUUUUGAAAAGACAAGGAUUUAAUGAAAGUUUAGUGGAGAAAAUUCAACAGGAUACUUUAGCUGGUGAAACUGCUCACUCAACCCAUACUUCUUCUCAUCGAGUCGAAGCUGAACGACAAGUACGUGAAGAUCCAUUCAUUAGAGAUUUACUACACAAAAUAUAUUUCUUCGAUUACGUGGUAUUCCCAUUCAAGCGGGAUUCUUUAGACGCAAAGUAUCGAACAAAUUUCUGGAGUAUUCCUGAGUGA